AUGUCCUCCCCGAGCAGGUCGCCAGUGGAGGUAGAUGUACCAGCCGAGUCCCUGGACGUUGUGGAAACACCGACCUCGCCCUCAUCGGGCCUUGCGCUUUCCCGGUUCGAAUUUGAAACGGGCAAGGGCAACGAAGGUACCAAAAUUCUUAUGGUCGAAUGGGACACGGUCGUUGCGGCACAAGUCGAGCCGACUGAGAAGCAAGAGAUAAGAGGGCCAAAGGAGGCUAGUGAGAUUGACUGGGAGGUGUCGUGGGAAGGCAAGGAGGCGGUCCUCCCGAUCCGCGAUGCCGACUCCGAUGCUAACGGCAAAACACGUCGCGUGUACUUUCUGCUUCCUCCAGGAGCCCCAGUCCCGGCACUCGUCAGCAUAACACCCAAGGGUGCACAUGAGAAUAUUGUGCUGCACACAAAGCCGAUGCCGGCUAUUUUCCUUGCCGAGUUAGGAGGCGCCGAGGAGGCGGGUCAACGCGGCGUGCUUCACACAAUAUGGGCAAAGAAGCGCCUGGCUGAGCUGAAGGCCGAGAUCGCGGCCGAGCUAAAGGACAACGGCGAAAGCGUGGGGCUUGAAAUGGCAUUACAAGAACGUCAGUGGAUAGUGGACCAUUUUGGGCUUGCGCCCCAGCAGGGAAUACCCAAGCCGACGAGACUGCACACUCCCCAGACCCCAGUCAGCCCUGCCAGCCCACGGAGUCCGAUCGGGGGGAGACUGGGCGAGAAGCUACGGGGACUUAGACUUGCCACAAGCCCUUUGGAGCUUGCGGCUGCUACACAGGCCGCGAAAAGUGCACAGCCGCGAGCGCGACCUCUUGUCACGACCGCCUCCGCCAAUCCUUCAAACACAGCCGUCUCGUCGUUUGCUAAUUCCGGGGGCCGGCUACCCGCAAAACCUUCCGGAAACGCAUCCGUUGCUUCGCUGGACGCUAUCGUCGGAAGUGGCUUGUCCACAGCAGCAGUUGGCAGAAGCGAUGACACUACCGAGGAGGAGUUAUUUGCUUUACCUAUGAGUCCGCGGAGUCCUGAAAUGAAGAAGAGCCCAUUCAGUCUCCUAUAG